AUGCUUCAGUUGGAUGCAUGUGACUAUGGACUCGGUGCCGUUCUUGCUCAAAAUAUCGAAGGCAUUGAACAUGUCAUAGCCUAUGCCAGUAGGACCCUGCAGCCUUGUGAAAGGAAAUAUUCUGCACCUGAACGCGAAUGUUUAGCCAUCGUCUGGGGCACUCAACAUUUCAGACCUUAUCUCGAAGGACGGCCUUUUGAAGUCUGGACCGACCAUCGGUCCUUGACUUGGUUGAAAAAUAUAAAAGAUCCAACCAGCCGUCUGGCCAGAUGGGCAAUGAAACUUGAUGCCUAUGACAUGGUCAUUAAACAUCGACCAGGAAAGGCCAACUCAAAUACCGAUACUCUUUCACGAUAUCCUCUCAAAUCUGAGAUAAUAGGUGUCUUGCAGAGUAGUGGUAUUAUGAUAGGUCCAUUAGAAGAAAAUCAGGAGGUUGCAGUUAAUCUGUGGGAUAGUUGCAGUAUUUUGAAUGAUAUAAAAUUGUCUCAGCGACAGGACAAGGACCUUGGUCCUCUUAUUUCUUUCAUUCAAGAUGAUAUUCGUCCUGCUGAUGAAAUUUUCCUUCGAAAAAUAGAGGGACAGGCUAAAGUUCACCGAGUAAUCGACGGAAAAUUAUAUCGGACCCGCAAAAUAGAAGAAGAUUCACCUUUGAAAAAUAAUCUUAGCCCGCAUCUUUUAGUUAUUCCAAAAUUUAAGCGGACAGAACUUCUUCAGCUGGCUCAUGACCAUCCAAUUUCAGGUCAUCUUGGCCGUCGAAAGACUCUACAUCGAUUAGCAAUUCGUUUCCAUUGGGGCGGAAUGAGGCGUGACGUUGCGCAUUAUGUAAGAUCAUGCGAUCUGUGCCAACGUUUUAAGGCCGCAAACGAAAAGAAAGCAGGUUUAAUGCAAUCUCACGUAGUACAGUCGCCUUGGCACACUAUCGGAAUUGAUUUAACUGGUCCUUUACCGAAAACUCCGCGCGGGAAUGCCUACAUCUUAGUUGUAGUCGAUUAUUUCACGAAAUGGGUCGAAUUUUUCCCUCUAGGUACCAUUAAAUCGAGAAAUAUCGCUCAACUACUGCAUGACGAAGUCAUUUGUCGUCAUGGCAUUCCCGUUAAAAUCGUUUCCGAUAACGGUGCACAAUUUGUUGCCGACGUUUUUCGAGAAACUUUAAAGAUCAUGGGUAUCCGGCAUCGAACGACCGCUCUUUAUCAUCCUCAAUCAAACUUAUCUGAGCGUGUCAAUCGGACAUUAAAGCCCAUGCUGGCUAUUUUUGCCGAACAUGAUAAAGAAUCUUGGGAUAUACGGUUGCCGCAGCUAGCACUGGCCAUCAGAGCGGCCAUAAAUGAAUCGACUGGCCAAAGUCCAGCAUUUUUAAUGUAUGGCCGAGAACUGAAACUACCGCUUGAUCUCAUGUAUGGUCCCGAAACGGAUGUUCUUGAUGAGUUAAAAUCAUCUGAGGAAGUCCGAGCCUACACUGAACGACUUAAAGCCAUUCUUGUCUCUGCACAUCAGUCGGCCAGAGAAAAUUUGGAAAUUGCCCAGCAAGGGCAAAAGCUUCUUUAUGAUCGACGUCGUAAAGAUGUCCAGUUUAAAGAAGGUGACCUUGUUUUGAUGGCUAACACCUCAGGAUCAGCCUUAGGCAAAUGGGCUCUUCCUAAAUUGGCUCCUAAAUGGAUAGGUCCUUUUCGAAUCUCUCGCAAGAUUGGUCAUCUAGACUAUGAACUAGUUUCUUUAGAGGAUGGUGCGGUUCUUUCGUCUAUUCACGUCGAAAGACUGAAACCAUAUCAUCGUUCAUCGUCAAUUCUAGUCCCAGAUGCAUAA